AUGAUGAUGAGGUCGAAUCAAAGAAGUGCGAGAAAACGCAACAAUGGAGGAGAAAGAAAUAGCAAGCAAGGGGCUGCGUUACCCCUUGAUAUUAUCCAACAAAUUUUGUGCAGGCUUCCUGCAGAAUCAAUCAUCUCAUGCAGCUGCGUAUGCAAGUCUUGGUAUGCCUUGAUUCAUGAACGUCCUUUCAUUCAACAGCAGCUGGAAAGGACUAAGAACGAACCUUGCCAAUACCUCCUUCAGAGCCGUACUGGAGCUUUUUUUCAGAGCCUUCUGCUGUUGGAUAUCCAUAAAGAGCGUCUUGCAGAAAUUUCUUUCAAGAAAAUGAAGCUGCCCACCUACCCUAAACUUAAGCUGCUAGCCUUUUAUAUCGUCUGUUCCUGCAAUGGUUUGCUUUGCUUAGCUCCGAAAGAGAAGAUGGAUCCUGUACUAAUUUGCAAUCCAAUCACAAAAGAUUGCUUGAUUUUACCCUCAGCAAAGACAGUAACAGGGUUUGAAAGGCCAUGCAAGAGUUAUCAUCUUGGUUUUCACUUGGACUCCUCAUCUGGGAAUUACAAAGUUGUGAGAGAAUAUACAUUCACAAACAAUGCAGCUAGCAACUUUCAGCUAAUUUCAGUUGGAGAAAGUUCAUGGAAAGUGCUGAGUGGAGCACCUGAUGUUGUGCUUGAACAAGGGUAUGAAACUCCAAUAUUCUGGAACGGAGCCUUCCAUUGGAAAAUCAGUGAAGUUGAUCACAGAAAUGGAAACAACAGUUGCAUUCUUGCUCUUGAUUUGAGCGAUGAAAAGUUUCACACAAUCUCUUUUCCAGAGGAUGAAAGGAAUUGUCCUCGUAACUAUCGCUUGGUGGAUUUAGGAGGUGCUCUAAAUAUAGUAGAACAUAACGCUCGUUUCUUGAAGAUAUGGACAGUGUCUGGGAACAAGGUUGGAGGUUUCUCCAUUCGCCUGGAACACAUGUAUAUUUUGUGCGUGCCGCCGCGGAGUCUUCUGCAGCAUGACUUGAUUUGCCAACUUGAAGAGAAAUCUUACCUGAUGCAAGUGUUCAGAUGGGAGAAUGGCAUUCAGAAGUGCCGCCUCGUGAAGUUUUGUCCUGCAAUCGCACGACACUUAGAUUUGAGCAUUCCUGGUCUUCCUUCCCUUUACAGGGUAGUGUGCUUUAAGCCUAGCCUUGUUUCUCCUUUUGUGGCUUCUCUUGCUUUAUCCUAG